AUGCCGCCAAAAAGAACCUGGUCACAGGUCACCGACAAUGGCCCGUCGCUGUCUCGAUCUGCUUCCCGCCCACGGCAGUCCGAGGCUGGAGUCGAAGCGACUACACCGGCAAUUUCGCGUAAAGUGAAAGCUUGUGCAGCAUGUCGAAAACAGAAGAUAAAAUGUCUUAUGGACGAGAAUGCCGGUCCGCCAUGCAAGCGUUGUGCCGAACGAAACCUGUCCUGCGUCCUGAACAAGAGUCUGCAGACGCUGAUUGAUGAGCGAUCACAAUGGAAGCAUGAAGUCGUUGGCGACCUCGGUCUGAUACAUUCAUCGCUACAACAAGUCCUCAGCAAACUCUCACUCCCAGCACUGCCACCACUGAAGGCGACUACUGCUGAUGACUCGGAUCAUGUCCAACAGUAUGAUGCUGCGGACCGAGAAGAAGAGGUUCCAUCAUGCGACAACUCACCCAGAUUGUCUCCCAAAGGGGAUGCUCUGCCACACGCGCCCAUCGAGUCGUUGUACCAACUCACUCGCCUUCGCGCACUUCGAUCAGACGAUCCUACCGAGGAGCGCAAGCCUACACCGGAUUUUGGCACAAACCAUCCUGUCAACGACUUCAUAUCCCGAGGUAUCGUCAAUGUUGAGGACGCUGAGCGACUCUUCAGUUUCUUCUUAAAUCGCAUCGACCAUUUCAUGUACAGGAUCGGAAGCCAUAAGUAUCGUGACCUGGAAAGUCUACGCCGUGGCUCGUCGAUUCUCACUGUCACUAUCUGCACUGUCGCAGCGCUGCACGAUCCACAAAGCAAUCACCUCUACAAGUCCUGCAGCCGAGAGUUCCGUCGCCUGAUGUCAGCAUCCAUGUUCGACCGCCGCAUAGAUCGCGACCGUAUGCGGGCACUCUGUGUGGCAUCAUAUUGGCUUCAUGAUCUCUCAUUCAUAAUCAAUGGAUAUGCGAUUCGACGAGCCAUGGAGAUCAACCUCAGCAGCAGCUACCAGCGUGUUCUUGCCACCGGUGACGAAGACUCAAUGGAGUGCAUUCGAUUGUGGUAUGUCCUUUACAUAUGUGAUCGACAUCUAUCGAUUCUGUAUAGUCGACCAUCGAUCGUCAGAGACGAAGUCUCUAUCACCGGAUGGGAAGCGCUCAUGCGGACCGCAGCAUUCACUGAGGCCGAUAAGCGACUUGUGAGCCAGAUGGCUUUGUUGAUCAUCAUGGGGAACGCAAGAGAGCUAUUUGGACCUGAUACCGGAGAAGCUAUACCGAAAGCAUUUGCACCACAAUUGACGAACUUCAGCCGCCAGAUAGACCAUUGGAUGGGGUUCUGGUCCACAGAGCUACUAAAAAUCCAUCAAUUCAUUGGCGGUUUUCCGACCAAAGGCGUGAUCAUACAUCACCAUCUGGCAAAGCUCCAUCUUCACUCCCACGUCUUCCGGGGUCUUCGUGGGGGUCCUGUACCACCACACUUCCAGGAGAGCGCGGUUGCUGCAGUGUCGGCCGCUACGGACACAAUUCAGAUGGUCCUUACCGACUAUGACAUACAAGAAGGACUGGUCGGCAUUCCGCACUACAUCCACUCCAUGGUCGCAUUCGCGUGUGCGUUUCUGUUGAACAUUGCAUCGCAAUAUAGUGGCCAGUACAUCGCAGAUACUGCAGUCUUUGACUUGACAACCAAGGCUGUGCAGCAGUUCCGUUCGACUCCUGUUGGCAAGUGGCAUCUAGUCCAUCUGAUGGCGGAAGGCCUAGAGAAGAUGAUUGCCAAGAAGGGUGGCAGCCCGGCCGCAAAAAUGCUCCCCAGUGUUACGAGCGAGGCAAGCCAAUCUGGCGCGCAAAGUGGUUCAGCGCUGAAUACACCGCUGCCCGGCACGUCGUACGGCGACAACUUCUUUAGCGGCUUCGAAGACGCAUACAACCUUGGAAGUGCUUCAUUCUUGAACUUCGAUACGGGCACUAUCGAUCUAGACUUUGCCGGGUUCAGUUUCUAA